AUGUCGUCCCCGCCAGCAUCCUCUCUUCCCCAGGAUGGGAAUGUUAUUAAUGCUAUGUUUCCAGAUGCUAACACGGGUUUUACAUCCAGCCCGGUUGGCUUAAAGGAGGCUGCCCUCGACUCCCCAACUUUUCGCGCUUCAACAGUUCACUUUGCCGAACAGAUCGAUUUAGUCGAGAAAUGGCUGGACGGAUAUGCUAGGUGUGCCGGGAAGCUGGGUUCGGAGCUCUCGUCGCUCGAAGCCGUGGCCAACAACUUCAUAUCCUCCAUACCAGCUCCAGUAGCCAUCUCGGAAGCUGUCGUCGAUCACGAUUAUGCUUUACUUGCGUUGAAGCGGUGUGGAGAAAGUGUGAAAGAUUUCUGGGCAGGAGUAUUGUCAAAUGUCAAGAAGUCGGACAGUUUGAUUACUGAGCCUAUUCGAGCGUUUAUCCAGAAUGAUCUGCGGCAGUUCAAGGAAACUCGCCGUACGCUUGAGCUAGCCCAGAAACAACAUGACAGCUUACAGGCCAAAUUUUCCGCCCAGGGCAAAUCCAAAGAGCCUUCAUCGCUGCGAGAAGAUGCGUUCCAGCUGCACGAAGCUCAUAAGGCUUACUUAAAGGCUUCGAUGGACUUUUGCAUUCAAGCACCUCAGAUAAAGAAUACCCUCGAUAAGCUCAUAGUCCGCAUAUCUUUUGAUCAGUGGAGGGAGUUUAAGAUUUUGCGGGAUAACAAUUCUUUAACCUAUUUAAAAUACGGCCAGGAGAUGGACCGCAUAAAGGGCUGGACGCAUGAGAUGGAGACGAGCGAGAAGUUGUCAAAGCGUGAUCUGCUGGCUGCGCGGAAGCAGAUCGAAGAAGCAGCUGAGCUCGCGGUUCGCCCCUCUCGUGAACUUGAAGAUUACUCGGUCUCUACGGUACCACACCUUGGAUCGCAUGGUCCCACUUCCCUUAAAAUGGCAAAGGACCACACUUUCUCUCCACAAAAGCAAGGAUGGCUGAACUUGAGAAUCUUGACGGGGAAACCGGCGAGAACAGCAUGGGUCCGGCGCUGGACCUUUCUAAACGGUGGUGUUUUUGGCUGUCUAGUACAAGGUUCUCGAACAGGUGGUGUGGAGGAGAGUGAGAGAAUAGGGGUUCUCCUAUGUAGUAUUCGUCCUGCGUUCCAGGAGGAACGCCGAUUUUGCUUUGAGGUGAAGACUAAAAAUAAUACUAUAAUGCUACAAGCUGAGACUCAGAGGGAGCUCACGGAAUGGAUUGGAUCUUUCGAAGCGGCUAAGCGAAAAGCCCUCGAUAGCCCCAGCCCUACCCCUUUGCCUGGAAAGCCCCCAGCUCAAGACCCAGCAUUCUCAAUUUCCCAACCGCCUGCACCUGAGUUUGCUGCAGAUAGCUUGGAGUCCCUCACGCCCAACGCAAAUGAUGAGUCUUCUUCCAUUCUCGACCGAUGCUCAACAGUUCAAGCUACUGAUCGAGACGGCCUGGCUGUGCGAAAUAGCACCGAGUUUCCAGCUGCAAGGCGAUCAACAACCCUCGAUCGUGAGAUGGAGGGUGGGAGAGACCAUGGAUCUAGGCUCAUUCAGAAGCUCGACAUUCACCGCCGCGCAGCAACAGGCUUACAGCAGUCUGCAACUUCAUCGCUACCAUCUAGUUCACCCGGGAUAGCUAGCCUAAUAUCUGCCAGUCACACUCUUCUACCUCUAAACGCAUCUUUAUCAGUCACCGCCUCCGAAGUCGAAAAUAAAUCCAAAGCUCUGGCGACCAGUAACUACAAUGCUCGAGAUUCACCCAUUGGCACUCUCGCGCCGCCAACGUUGGCGAAUCCUCCCGCCCCAACUAGUAUGAGUAGAGCAGCUGUAAUUGUAAGUAGUGAAAGGGGAGUUGGGAUAAGAAUGUCAGACGGGCUGGUAGGGAUACCAAACGGUAUACUGGCAAACCUUUGGGGAAGUUCAAAUUGGGGGUAUGUGAACAAGCUGGAGCGUAAAAAAUUAUCUACCUCAGCGGGGAAGACUAUUAACCAGCCCAGCGGUUCCGUCGAUACUUCAUCAGGCAACACCACUGCACCACCAACUGGUCCUCAGCACCGGCAAACCGUCAGUCUUGGUGGCGGCGACUCAGGCGCCAUAGAGGGCAUUGCUGCAGUCACAUAUGAGUACCCCAGUUAUUAUCCCGCACAGUUAAAACCACACGACUCCCAGUUCCGGCUCCUUUUACCUGGUGUGCCGGCGGAUGAGGCUCUUGUUUUUGUAUUCCGAGCAAGUUUUAGCCCGAAUGGCCAGCAUGACUUCCCUGGACGAGCUUUUGUCACGACGAAAAAUAUCUACUUUUACAGCAAUCAUUUCAAUCUUGUGCUGAUAAACUCUGUCAGUCUUGAUCUUAUAACGGAAGUCACGGCCGCUCCGGGUAGAGAUUGCGAUUUCUUAUUCCUUCACCUGGCCCCUGACCAGGGAAGCGAUAUUCCAGGACGACUUACCAUAAAAACAUUUCUGGAGCCGUGGAAGCUAAUUCAAAAGCGAUUGAAUUACCUUAUUACCAUGACAUGUGCGAAAGAGCCAGCUAACCUUGAAGCCAUAUUCAAAACGCUGGUGAAAAUGGAACAGGAUAUUCCUAGGACGCCUAGUGCGGAGAGCUGGGAGGAUGUGUCCCCAAACACCCCAAUUGAUGGAAUGCAUGAUGUCACCGGCAAACGUCCAGAGUCACUUUUCAAGUCGGCAAUACACAUCGACAAGAGCCUGGAUAUGCAUAAAGGCAAGUUGGGCCGUCAUAACAACCAUCAUCUCGACGUACCUCGACUUAAGUUACCAUCUCAUCCAGUGGAAUAUGUGCCUCAGGGAGCUCCUAAUUUGGCUGCGGAGAAAAUCUUUGACGUCAGCGCGAAAGCCUUGUUUCAUAUCCUUUUCGGGGAUAGAUCUGUUGUUUGGCAGCUGCUGCAACAUCAACGGAGAGCCCAAAAUAUUAAACUGGGUCCCUGGUCGAAUCGCCAUGGUGCGCAUAUGAGACGUGAUAUACAAUAUCAGAUAAAGAUGGCUGAUACGUUCGGACGGUUUCGCCUCACUGACGUAUCUGACUAUCAGAUUAUUGAUGUUCAGAAUGGCCACUUAUGCUACGUUGUUACGGACAAACGGACGCCCUGGCAUCUCCCAUUUAAACGUUAUUUCAGGCUGGUUAGCAAGAUUGUUAUUACCCAUGUUUCGAAGUCCAGAUGUAAACUUGCCAUAUUCACCAAAGUUGAAUGGUUAUGGGAACCAUACCUUAUCCGAAGUAUAAUCGACAGGCAAGCCAUGAACGAUCUUGAGCAAGAUGCACUUGAUCUUGUGGACCUUGUCUCUGAAGAUGUUAGAAGACUCGGCCCCCAUAACCAGACGAAAAAGGCUAUUGCCCAAUUUGGCCACAUAGGUCGCCAAAGUCAUGUAACUGAGUUCACCGAAGACUUACAAAUUUUGAAAUCAAGACUUCGCCGGCCUCUCAGACAAAGCGGCAUCAUCCCACUACUCCUAGAGACGUCCGGAUCCUUGCUGCAGAGCGCAGUUUCCUCCUUUAUGAUAUGGCUCUGGGCACUGAUUAGAUGGGUAUGGAAAGCAUUCAGUGCGCACAGCAUUAUACUCUUGCUACUUGUGUUCAGUGUUCUCAUCAAUGGGUUCCAUUCGUACAAUGAUACGCUUGAAUGGUGGCAAGAGCGCAAUGCAGGCAAUUUUAUGAGCCGGAUUGGGGUUGGGCCUAAUACCAUUAUGAGCAAGGCAGUGUAUAUUAAGGAUAUUGAUGCUGUGAUUGCUAAUGCGAGCGGGAUCGAAAUGAAUAACUCAAGCUCUUGCUUUGCAACUUUCCAGGAAAACAACGCGCUAAAAGCCACAGAUAAUUCGUGGUUCCUUAAACCUUCCGCUGGCCGGGACACAAAAACAAAACAAGCAGCACAGCAACUCCAACGUACCAGGGAUCGCCUGGGGGUUUACCGGCACAACCUCCUCGUUGCAUUAAGGGUACUGAACCGGAUAGAAAAAGAGGUGGUACAAGUUGAGUGGGAACGGUGGCUUCAACAGGAGACUGAAAGGUGCCACAUGAUUGAAGUUAUGUUGAAAGAUCGUGAACAGGGAAAUAAUAGCGAGAACAGGAGCAAUGGUGACACUGACGAUAUUGUUAUGGGUUUUGGGAAACGGUUUGCUGCGGCGGAGAUAGAGGAUAUCUGGCAUUGGUAUACAGAUUAUUGUUUGAGUUGUCAGAGGGAGUUGGAGAGGACGCUUGGUCAAUAA